UUUUAAACGUUUUUGUGGUCGUUAUUGUUUUUAUAGUUAUGGAGAGAAUGUAAGGUGGAGGUCGGCGCUGUGAGCAGGAUGUAAUGCGAUCAGGAGGAAAAGGCUGCCUGCAGGCGGGCAGUGUGGCGGGCGGCCUGCGCGCGCUUCCUCGUUUAGCGCCUUUCCGCCAGGCUUUGGCGCGUGACUUCAACGGCUUCAUCUUAUAGACUGCAAUGUGAGAAGUCUGUACAGCGUCGAAAAACAGCGCUUCACACACGCGCACACGCACGGAGGCGCAACACCAGUGGGUUUUCUGCGUGCAAUUACAAAAAUAGUGACAGCACAAAAAAAGACCAGGAAAAAUCCAUUGUUAACUGUGACAGUGCUUAUUUGUCUCCUUUGCUUUUUAUUAACAUCUCGUAGAUCUUAAUAUCGCUAUCAGUUUGUGCGUCAUGUUAAAAUCACGUGCCAUCACUCUGCUUCUUCAAUUCCUCCACGAGCAGUAAAAAUAAUUACACAUGAACUGAUUAAAACUUAUUGAUGGUCAGAUUAAUGUAUUCUGACACAAGUGUCCAGGGCUCUUUUGUGUUUUUGUGCCCGUGUUCUGGUAAAGACACUCCCCUCGGUGUAUUUUGUCCACACUGCGAUACGCGACACCCGCGACCCGGUGAGCCAAUCAGAGCGCGAGCGCUUUUAAAGGGCCGUUAAGAGCGCACGCGACCGUUUUAAAGUCUGCCUCAGGUUCCUGCAUUGUUGGACCAUGACACUUUUGGACGUGCUAGCCCCCAGCUGGAUCUAAUUUCUUUCGGAGAAGAAUGGAGUGACUGAGUUUCAAGCCUCACCACUCCGGCUUUGCUGCUUCUCUCCCUCAGAGUGCAUGCACUUGUUGCGCUUCCUCCGCCUCCAUCUAACGGACUAUAGCGCUCCUUUAUCCAUCUAUCCAUCCAUCCAUCCAGGCAAGGUGCUCUUCAACAAGUUCACCUUUUUUUGAGUGCCGAGGGCUCCUGAUCUGCAAUCCGAGACGUGUUUAAAGGAAAGGCGAUCGUGUACCGGUCACGAUGCCCGUGUUGACGAGUCCAGAGAUCGCGAAGAAGUUCAAGGAGAAAUGGAUGCUGUUGCAUCCGGAGGAUGAGGAGGACGCGGGCGGCGCUGUGAGCUUUGACGACAGUCUGACGAGCCUGCACUGGCUACAGAACUUCUCCAUUGUAAGCGCGGCUCCGGACCGAGCGCCCGGGUUCGGCUGGCGACCGCAGCAGCUCCUGCACCCGCCGAGUGGCACCGAGUCUCCCUCCAGCCCUCCUGCGGGCGACACGGCUGCCUCGGGCACCGCGCACACUCCCGGUAAUCCCGCCGCCUCCUGCAGCAAGCUGGCCGGAGCGAGCGCCUACACCACGAUGUUUGGGCACAACGUAGCUCAGGUGCACGAGGAGGUCGAUUAUAAAAGCAACCCGCAUGUUAAACCUCCAUACUCAUACGCCACGCUCAUCUGUAUGGCCAUGCAAGCCAGCAAGAAGACCAAAAUCACCCUGUCCGCCAUCUACAGCUGGAUCACCGAGAACUUCUGCUACUACAGACAUGCCGAGCCUAGCUGGCAGAAUUCAAUUCGCCACAACCUGUCCCUGAACAAGUGUUUUAUGAAGGUCCCCAGGCAGAAGGACGAACCAGGAAAGGGAGGCUUUUGGCAAAUUGAUCCCCAAUAUGCAGACAUGUUUGUAAAUGGUGUCUUCAAACGAAGACGAAUGCCAGCCACAAAUUUCAGCACCCAGAGACAAAACAGAAUUCAUCAGAACUCUUGCUCCCCUUACAGUCCUCAGCGCAACCCACAAACGAGAAUGGAUCACUACCAAGAACCUGUAGCAGGAAGCAAACGCAAACAGGCCUGUCCCAAACGAGGGGGCAAGCUAGGGAGAAUGACCCAGUCUCCUCUAUUGGCAAGCGAGAUCAAGACAUCAGAUGUGCUCCGGGGAGAUUUUGACCUGGCCUCAGUGUUUGAUGAUGUCCUCAGUGGAAAUGGCAGCACGUUUGAGGACCUGGACAUCAACACCGCUCUGAAUUCCCUUAGCUGUGAGAUGGAGUUGUCCUCUCAGAACCAGCAUGUGUCUACUGUACCCAAAUGGUACGGCAAUGAGGACGAGCAAGCUUGUGCUUACUUGGAAAUGAGCAGCAUGAUGGGAUGUAGCAUGGAAGACAUUCAGCGCCAGCAACAGCAACAGCAGAUACAGAGCCAUCAGCAAUAUUAUGAGGGAUUGGCACUGUUUUCAGACCUGCCUCAGCAGCCACAACUCUGGGAGGUAAAGGAGGAGGCACAGCCCAUUCCUCUGUCUCUGGAUCAGGGCUACGGUCUGUGUGAAGGAUUUUUCUCCGAGAUGCCUAUGUGGGAAAGGGGAGAGGUGUUUCUUUGAACACAUGCACAGUCAUUGCUGGUCUGCUGACCUGCUGACUUUUGUUUUGCUACAUUAGCAUAAUGAAUGGUUCAAGACACACUGUAUACUUAUUCUUUUUACUUGCUUUGGAUUUUUUUCCCUGAGAAUCUAUGCUAAACCAUUGAUAAUAAUCCUUAUUCUUUUUUUGAAGACUUUUAAAUCAUGGUUGGAUUCAGUAACAUGCUAAUAACAUGCUCUGGAACAUAUCAAAGUAGUGGCAAAUUUUGUGUAGACAAAUCAAGUAAAAUCUAUAUUAAUUUUUAGUUGACUUGAUAUUUUAGAUAUGGUCAUGAUACAUAUAAAUAUGGGAUAUUUUUGCAUCUUAAAAACAUAUAGGAUGGGAAGGAAAUGCAACAAGCCAAAGUGCUUUGCAGAUAUAUUUUCAGAGAUUUUCAAAUAUCCAGCACCAGCACUUUGAGGCAGUGUUUCAUUUCUAUAUAUCAAGCUUGUAAUUUAUUUGAUAAAAUGUGAGAAAAUGCAAUGAAAGAAUUUCUCUUUUUCUUUUUCUUCUUUUUUUUACACUUCAUUUCUUUUUUUUAAAAUAAGCUGUUUUAAAUGCCGUUGUCCUGAUUUUUUUUUAUUAAUUGUUAGGAGCAAUAUCAUGUUAUGGCAAGGACUGUUUUAGAUUUGUAUUUGUAUCGAGUUACCUAACAUGCAACUUGAAUCUAAUUAUAUCAUGUACUUGAAUAAAAGGAUCAAA